CGUCUUGUAUCUUGGCAUCUCGAUCCGUAUUCACACAAACAGCAAACGCACAGCCCGCCACCCGCCACAUCCUCCACCACCGGCUCUCAUAUCAACACUCCCCUCGGCGUCUAUACCUCACCGCCCGCCCGCCCCCACGCACACGCCCCCAUCAACAAGUCGUCCGACAACUCCUUCCUCGAGUCAAAAAGCUGUCGAUUGUCCUUGUGACCAAACCAUCAGCAGUCGCACCGCAUUCGUGCCGAAUAGUGAGCAUUCUCUUUCCUUUGGGGUACCCAGAUUUGGUCGGGUUUUUUUUCUCCUUGCGGGUGCCAUGUGUGGCGGGCAAAAAGGGGGCGGGGGCCUCCUGCAUGCGUGUUGUUUGGCCACACGCCGCUAAGCACAGUGACACGCCGUGGCGGGUGAUGACAACACCUGUCCUGUCUGAUCCGCGCAUGGUGGCGCGGGUUGUGCUUGUUUCAUCAUCGUGCGGCGGGGUGUGCCGUGGUCCGCGAUGAGUGCGGGCUGAGCGAGGGUGCAUGUACUGUGGGCAAUCGCGGCGUACGGCAGGGGUACGCAGACUGCAUACGGGAUACCAGAGACGCAAUACGGCGGAUAUGGGUACGUAUGGGGAUUAGGUUCAUGGAGCCAGCGCGCGACGCCACCGUCAUGCACGGAUAUCGGCUUUGCGACGGGACGCAUUUCGCAUGUGUGUGUGUUUCCCCACCCAGCACCCUAUAUCACUCCGGUCUUUUUCCCAUCCCCUUCUCAUUGUCCUUGUUGCCUGCCUGCCUGCCCUUGCUUGCCCCCAUUUCCCUCCGCCCGCCCUGCCAUGCCCCGCCUCGUCCGUCACCCACCAUAUAACCAGCCCGGCGCUGACUCUCCCAUAGCAGUUCAGAAAACCCUCCGCGUCCACGCUACACCCCCCGGACCCACAGCCCCAGCGCGUAUAUCCAGCCAGAUCCACCUCCUAUAACGAGGCAUUCCCAGCCCCAAAGCCACAGCCACCCGCCCGCGUCUCCAACAUGUCUGCCCCCGUCCCCGUCUACCGCCACACCUCUGCCUCUCCCCCCUCCUCGUCGAGAAAGGCCGUCAAGGCCUGCGCCACCGCCACUGCCUCCUCAUCGAGACCGCCCACGCGGUCAGAGCAGGCCUUCCAUGGUCACGAAGAGACCGCUGUGAUGGCUGCCCGAUUCAUCACUUCAUUGUUUCAAUGUCCCAAUAUCCCCUCCCCCACCGCGCCCGGCGCACCCACACCCACCCUUGCCCACUUUGUCGACUAUGCGCUGCAUAGAACACGCCUCCCCUCUGUCGUCACCUUUGCCGCUCUCCUCCUGCUCCAGCGCCUGAAAAAGCGCUACCCUGCAGCCCGAGGAUCGUCCGGCCACCGACUGUUCAUCUCUGCAUUCAUGAUUGCAUCCAAAAUCAUCUGCGACGAUACCUACUCGAACCAGUCAUGGGGCAUCGUCGCUCAAAAAAUGUUUGCGCUGAAGGAGAUCAACCAGAUGGAGCGAGAGAUGUGCGGCUACCUCGAGUGGAAUCUCAACUUUGACGAGCGGGAGAUGGCGGACUUUGAGGCCUCCACUCGCGCCGCGCACGGCCCCGAGGCUGUCGUCCGCGCCAGCUCUGGUUCUUCUGGCAGGUCGGAGGCAUCCUUCGUGGCCCCUCCCGCCAAGUCCUACCCCACCCCCGAGAACACGCCCAACUCCCAGGUGUCUACCCGUCCCAUCCGCCCCGUUCCCUCGCCAUACAAGACACGGGUCUACCAGCACUCUCAGGCUUCUGCCGCUGCUUUUCCUUCCCCUCCUCCCUCCCCUUCACACGGCGAGCCCCCUUAUCUGAGCUCGGCAAACUCGUCCCUUCAAUCCUCUCCUGCGUCUGACGACUGCAAGACCCCUUCCCCCGUGGCGGUCACCGCGACCAACCGGCGCCCUCAUCCUCAUGUCAAGUCGUUUGACAUGACCAAAGCUUUCGAAGUUUCUUCAUAUGAUAUCAGGAGGCAAGGAGGGGACGACGGGAUCGUUGUGUGGUAAUCUUGAAAAUCAAUCUUAAGGGGGUCUACGAUCUAUUGCAUCGGGGUAGAAGUCAUCACAUAAUAUAGUCGCAUCUGUACAUAACCAUACUAGCAUCUUUUCGUUGUACCUACAUCAGCUCUUGGGCUUAUACAUUACUGAAUGUACACCAAAUUCGGACUUUCACUGUUUCGCUGGCUCGUCGAUCAUCGUUUGCGUCACGGGUACUCUGCGGGACCUGCAACCUGCAACUUAGGCGGAAAUGUGAAAUCCCUCAGCCGUAUUGGGGAUCUGCAGAAGCGAGUAUACGUUGCUCAUGAG